GUUUUAACAUGUUUUGUACCAGCUGCAUAUAGGUGGUUUGUAUUAAAAUUAAUAAAACGGCUGUUUUUGACUCGCCUUACGGCCGCCGUAGAGCAAAUGUGACCAUGGUAUUAGACUGGCACUCCGUCGCGCCUUAAAUGAACUCUUAAUAGCGAAAGUGUUGAAUGGUACGAAUUGUCAAUAUAAAUACAACAGAAAAGACAUUGUAUAUUUUCUAUACCUGUGUGCCGAAAUGCAGUUAAAACAGCGAGAAUUGAUGCAUUAGCAUUAUUUUUUCGUCAUUACCACCAAUGUAAUUAGGAGUCGAUGCGUUAUCAAUUUGUACACUGUGCAGUAGUUCAAUUUAUUUAACAUGAUAGUAUUGAAUGUUGCAUUAGAUAUAAGCUUCAUUCGGGAUACGAAAACUGAGAAUCCCUAUGCGGUGCAGUGUUAAUCAAAGGCCACUUCAACGACCUGACAGUGGAUUGUGCAUUCAGUUGGGACCCAAUUGUAUUUGGAUAUCUACGUGAAAACAUCAUUUUGUGUUUGUUUGUCUCUGUUAUUACCAUAUCUGGUGGGAGGUUCUCGUCGAAAGCACAAUGAUUAGCCAUGCAUGUAUGUAUUCCUUUCAUGUAUGAAUCUUCUUAAACAAUAGAUUCGACGUCACCAGAAAUGUUAUAAGUUUGCCUUUCACAGUCGACAGACUACUGUGUGUUGGGCUUUUGUGCAAGUGAUAAUUAAGACCUGGAUCGUGAGCGGCCUCUCACUCAACAUCGAUCGCCUAGAAGCUCUAAAAGACUCAUCUAUUGCAGGUCUAUUUGCGUAGGCAUCCGAAAGCAAACAGAAGCUGUAGUAUUACAAGGGUCCGCUAUCAAAGAAAUAAUCCUGCAACUAUAAAUGCUUGCUUCACGUCGAGAUCUGGGAGAAUAGAUAGUGAUAUUUUAUGAAGAGAGGUGAAAUUGCAGUGACUGUCAGCGCCUUGUACAGCUUCGAUAUACAGACCUAAGUCCAGAAAUGGAGGAUGUCAGAUUUGGAGUUUGGGACUAUGUGGUCCUGGCUGCGAUGCUCUUAAUCUCAGCCCUGAUUGGGAUCUACUAUGCCUGCUCUGGCGGCAAGCAGAAGACAGCAACAGAGUACCUACUUGCUGAUCGGAACGCUAACCCGAUACCCGUUGCUUUCUCCUUGGUGGCCAGCUUCGUUUCAGCUAUCACGAUCCUAGGGGUCCCUGCCGAGGUCUAUGCCUAUGGUGUCAGGUACUGGUUGUUUGCUGGUGCUUUCGUUGUAGCAGGGUGCAUCUCAAGUCUUACCAUGCCCGUGUUUGUGAGGCUGCGACUUACUAGUGCCAAUGAGUAUUUUGAACUUCGAUUCAACAGAGGUAUUCGCCUUAUCGGGACGGCCUUGACUUUUGUCUCAAUGAUUUUUUACAUCGCUGUGGUGAUUUACGCCCCUGCUCUGGCACUCAAUCAAGUAUCUGGUGUUAAUCUAUGGGGAUGUGCCAUCGCAACUGGAGUCAUUUGUACAUUUUACACCACAAUAGGUGGAAUGAAUGCUGUAUUAUGGACUGAUGUCUUCCAGUCGUUGGUGAUGUUGUCCGGUCUCCUAGCUGUCAUCAUCCAGGGCUCCAGUGAGGGAGGUGGUAUGGAUAAUGUCUGGGACACCUGCUCGAGAGGAGGGAGGAUCAACUUCUGGGAAUUUGAUCCGGACCCGACUAUCCGGCAUUCGUUUUGGAGUAUCGUCGUCGGAGGAGGGUUCACUUGGGGCGCCAUCUACGGUGCUUCACAACCUCAAAUCAUGAGAUAUCUCGCCUGUGGAAAAGUUAAAACUGCUUCCAUAGCAUUGUGGCUUGCGGUACUUGGUAUGGUCAUCGUCCUAUCUUGCGCCAUUCUUUCAGGCCUUGUGAUGUACGACCGAUACGCGACCUGUGAUCCUUUCAUCACCGGAAGAGUUACCAGCGGAGACCAGCUAAUGCCAUUCAUAGUUGUAGAUCUUUUCGGGAGCACACCGGGUCUAUCUGGUUUAUUCACUGCUGCAAUAUUCAGUGCUGCCAUGAGUACAGUGUCGUCUGGUCUCAACGCUCUCACUGCCGUCACAACCGAGGAUGUUGUGACGAAAAUUUUCCCAAGCGUCAAAAAGAAUGAUUCCAUCUACGCUGUAGUCAGCAAAAUUGUGUUGUUUACAUACGGUGCGAUGUGUGUUCUGCUGACUUAUGUUGCUUCAAAACUUGGGAGUGUCCUUCAGUUGACGCUGAGCAUUGGUGGCAUGGUAGGUGGACCUGCCCUCGGGCUAGCAACACUAGGGAUGUUCUUUCCAUGGGCAAACAGCAAGGGCGCCUUAGUCGGAGUCAUUGUCAGUCUCACUUGGUGUCUCUGGGUUGGCAUCGGAACGUACGUUGAUGGCGUCCUUUAUCCUCGAAACCCUGGCUUCCUCCCUCUCAAUAUCUCCGGCUGCCCUGCUCCACCUGCUCCUCCUACUAUGAAUACCAGCACAUUAACGACAUUGGUGAUGACCACAAUGGACGCCACAUCUAUGCAAAUGACCACCCCGGGGAUUCCCGUCGCUCCACCAAUGCCGCCCCCAGAGCCCCUUGGAAUCUACAAGUUAUCUUACAUCUGGAUUGGUUUCUACGGCUGGAUGAUUGUUAUUGUUCUUGGAUUAAUAUUUAGCUUCCUCACAGGGGCUACGGAUCCACGGAAGUUAAACCCCGCCCUAAUCAAUCCCAUCGCUGAUUGGUUCUUCUGUUGCCUACCUUCUUCUUGGAAGGAUUCACUCAGAUGUAGGGUAGGGCAGCAUUAUCAACCAGAUGAAAUUGAUCUUGUGGACGGUGAAGCGUGCGAGGUCAAAGACGAAAAUGGUAUCGAGUCUGGCUUUGCUGUAACCGAAGAUGAAUGUAACCCGAAUGGUAACACGAAGAAUGAAUCAUCUAAGGCUGACAACGGUGUUCCACCAAGUUAUGAAGAGGCUACAGCUAGUACAAAGAGUGACAAAGGGAUCCAAUCCGUGGAUGAUGAAGAUACGAGACUGUAAAUUUUUAGAGACUGCAUCCAAGAAAAUGGAGUUUUUGCUCCGCGAGCCACGACGAAUUCAAGAACACAGUAAAUGUAUUGAAAACGCCGUCAAAUGACAUGUAUUAGCUGGGAGGUCUUUGUCGAAAUUGGUGAACCGGAGUAGCAGUUUCGUCCUAUGUUUCGGAGCUGAGGAAAAAUUGAAAGUAUGUCGUUUGACAAUACAUUUUGCUGUGUUCUCGAAUCCGUCGUUAGCGAAAAGUCCACAUCGAUAUAAUAGUUUUUGAUACUUGUAUGCUGCGCCCAGGACCUGAGUCAGAACAAACACUUCGUCUGUUAACUGGCCGACGGACACAAACCGUAUUCAUAACGGAUACAGCGGACAAGCAAAAUUUCCAUCCGUUUUCAUUUGCUCCUGGUCACACUGGCCUAAUUAGAACUGGCAGUCAAAAAAUAUUCAUUCGACCCAACCCAUUCUAAAUUUUUUAAUUUGAUAUUGCUGAUUGACAAAAAGGAAUGAAUAUGAUUGACAAUCUAACACUGAUUCUAGGGAGGGCACCUACUGAACUUCUUUUUUCCAAAUUGGAAAGAUAUAUCACCACUAUGGAACUAAAUUUUUACGGGUGGAAGAAUUAGGGCCAUUUGACUCUCUCAAGUGAUGAAUUUGAUCCCGUCAGGUGAAGUCUUCAUAAAUGCUGAUUUAUUUUUAAAAUGAGCCGGUCGAGGUACCCUUUUCUGGUCAGAUAUGGAAUGUCAGACAUUUAUCCUAUCCACUGAUAGUAAACAUUCAACCCUCGAAUGUCCUCCUUAUUUUUAAAGAAUUCUUUUUAGGUACCACUUUAACACACGAGUCUAUGGGGAUUGAAUUAGGCCUGUGAUACCUCCUGACAAUGGACAAAAUGGGCGAAAAAUGAAAUCACAGUAAACGGAUGCUUGAUGGAUAUUGAGCGUAUGACACACGUAUGCAAAGAGGUCAAAACGGAUAUAUAACGUUUUCCAACGGAUGACAAGAUUCUUUUCAGUUUUGCAUCCGUAAGUGCAGUGGGCCAAAGCCUUAAGGUCGUUAAGGUGGUGCGUUAUUCGGAUUUUUGAAACCGAAACCCGCAGCGGCGCAGAGGAGUGUAAAUGAAAAGCGGGCUAUAGUUUCGAUCUUUCAGUCUAGCACAUCGUAACCGACAUGACCGAAAGAUGGUAACUUUUGAUGUUUGAACUAGACUCUUUGAUUGUCGACUGUCAAAGUAGCAACACAUUAUACCAUCACUGUAGACGAAACUGACAUUAAUCACGUACUUUUUCAUACCCACACCAUGGACCGCGGAACGGUUUUCAAAGUGGGGGCUGACCAUGCAAGAAAUCAUAUGGUCAUUUUUACGUUUUUGUACACGGUUUUGGAAAAAAUUGGGGGGCUGAACCCCCCUCCCCGCCACUUCCGCGGCCCCUGCACACAACAAGAUCCAAACUUUAAUUGUCAAAUUUAUUUUCUGUCGGCUAAAUAAACUCUCCGGUAACGUCGUAAUAUAUGAACACGGAUACAGAAGGCGUUCGACAUGCGCUCAUUAGAGUAAAAUCUCAUUGAUAAAUAAUAGAAUGAUAAAAUCGAAACAUUAUCUUUGAUAAAAGCUUCUUGUUUUAUUUCAAGACAGCAAUUUUGGCGUCUUUAUGGUGAUGCAAUACCUGUAAAUACUAUAUUUAGAAACUUUUAAAUUUUGUACAUAUGCUGAAUGUCAAUGUAUAUUUUUCUUAACUUGGAAUUUCACGUAACGUAUGGAAAGGCGAUGAAAACAAUUUGUUAAAAUUAAUUUGUGAUUCCGACUCCGUGCUAUACAGAUUUAAAAAAAAAUCAAAAAUGGAAAAGGGACUAUGAAGAUUUUUACGAUGGCUUGAGCUUUAUUGUUGGAAAGAUUGGAAUGCAGCUUUGAAACUGGAAAGUGUACUAUGUCUUAGUUUUAUCAUCGGUUUUACUACUUUAUUUGACUACAAUCAGGUAAUUGAUCAAACUGUUCUCAAUUGGGAAGGUUUUUAAUUAGUAUUUGACUAACUCGUCAUAUACAUGUACAUAUAUUGUAUACAUUUAGAUAUAUUUUCACUAACAUUCCCUGACAACAAAAUAAUCCAUUUUAUUUGUUAUGCAUGUUACAUUCUUCGUGCCAUUUUGUUUUCGGUCAUGAAAUGUAUUAAUGUAUUGUUUGAGUAUUUUCUUUUCGUGAUACCUUCUAAAAUUACCUUUUAAUAUCACAGCGUGGUGUAUUAUAUUAUAUCGUGAGACAAAAAAAUAUAUAUUUCGACGUAAAAAAUUAUAUUUACGUAAAGCAUAUUUUCCACAAAAAAACAUAAAAAUUUGUGAGUCAGCACAAAACAAUCUUUCUAUUCUUAUAUUAUCACUUGAACACAAUGAUUUAUAUAUGAACUAGAUAAUGCUUGAUUAGUUUAUUUUAGAACAUGGAGUCGUUUCACAGAGCUGUUCAUACGUUAAGGGGUGUUUUAUGAACGAUUGGUGGCCCUUUCAUGUGGUAAAUGAUACUCACCAUAUCUACUGUAUGAAAAACACACCAGAUAUUUACCAUGGUCUUUCACUUUUAUAAAAUAAUAGAGACAAAAAAUGUAAAUCUUCCCGAAUUGUAGAAGUAGAAUGCUGCAAUUUGUAAUUGUAAUGGCUAAGAUCAUUACAUUUCUAACCAUA